AUGGGUUGCUCCCGGACUUUCUUCUAUAUCCUCUUCUGCCUUCUGAACCGGCUCCUGGGUGAUUGCCACGGUGCGCGAACUUUGCUGAGGGCGGCAGUGAGUGGCCUUUUUCGGCCCUCCCAAGAGGAUCUUCGCCGAGCUGCAAGAACAUUGGCAGGCCACCACUCCAAGUCGGGCCUACCACUGCAGGCUACAGCGAUAAUGUCGUGGCAAUGCACGGCAUGCAAGCAAUGGGCAAAGGCCACGGCAGCCUUUUGCCCACAAUGUGGUACGGCGAGGUACAACUACGCUGGCACAGGUUCAGGGGCCCCAUGGUCGGCCGAGCCGGACUAUGGGGAGGACGAUGCCAGUUGGUGGACGCGGCGAAGACCGAAGUCCCCCAGAUCAAGGCCCUCGCAGUCACCGCGACCGCGAGGCAAAGGCGGCCAGCCCCCGGGAAAGCAAAAGGGCAAGCCCAAGGGUGGGCGCGGCCCCAAGGAGAAGCCCCCGAGGAGCGAGCAGCCGAAGCCUCCAAAGCUGGAGGCUUUGCCCACGGCCCCGGAAGCCACCAUGGUGCAGCCACCCAGGCCUACGGGUGGUGCUGCGCCCAGCUCAAGUUCCAGCGGCCAAGACCCUCUUCUACGAGCCCUGCUGGCGCACGUCGCUUCACAGGACAAUGUGCCAGAGGAGCUGGCCAGCCUGGUCCGGCAGCACUCAGAGGACUCACAUCGUGUGCAGAGCAGACAGAUGCACAAGAUGGUUGCCAGGCAGCAGGAGGCCAAACGGUCUCUUGUCAAGGUGCGCCUCGAGAGGCAGGCGUACGAGACUGCGUGGGGCCAGUACUUGGGGCAGAUAGCCCAAUUGCUGGAGACGCAGCUGGCAGAGCGAACCAAGGCGCUGGCGAGCUACGACGCCUCGGAGGAGACGUGGAAGACGCAGCUCGACGAGGCCUCGGUGGAGCUGGCAAAACAAGCUUCGCAGACUGCGGACAAGGCUCUGGCUAUGGAGGUACAGGAGAUUUCCGAAGACGAGAUGGAUGCCAGGGAACAGCAGGUGCACGAAGCGAUUGCGGAGGAGGCAAAGGCGGCGCAGGCCCGCCAACAGCGGGAACAAGCCGAUCUCAAGGCGGCCGAGCUCCUCACCGCGAUGCAGCAGAUGCGGCAAAGCCUCCCCGAAAAGGCGAGGGAAGGCUCGCGCACACCACGGCGCUCUGGCUCGAAGGAUCGCGAAACCGAGUCUGGCAAGGUGGAGACUGCUGGUUUCCCGGGCUGCGGCCUGGAAGGAGUGACUGUGGAAAGUCACUCGAUUUGUUUCGAGGACGACUAUGUGGGUGUUUGGAGAGCCUCCUUUUUGGCCUUGCAGCUACACCACGAGCUGAUCUUCGAAGAUCUCGGCCACCUUCUCACUUGGGAUGUUGAUCCGAGGCUACAGACGGCCCGUUGCUGGGGAGCCGAAACAGUGAGCGACUCUGUACAGUGGGACGUUUUCCUCCCGGUAGGCCCUGAUUCUGGCGGCUGUGGGCGACAGCUGGACUGCAGUGCCACCCGGAGGAUUGAGUCUUCGGGGAUGGGGAUCGACGUGCGCAUGGGUCCGAAGCCGUCGCUUUCUCCGCCUAUCGAAGAUUCGUCUUCUGGAGAUGGUCCUGGGGAUCUUUAG